AUGCAAUCCCUCAAGUUACGCACGCAUCUUUUUUAUCCUCCUUUCACUUCUAACUCAUUUCAAUCCUUUCUCUAUUCAUUUUCCACCACUUCUUUAUCAUCCUCAAAAACCCAAUACUCAAAAGAAACCACUUCAUUAUUUAACUUCCUUAAUUCCAAUGCUAAAUUACCAAAAUCACACUCCAUUUUUAUCUCUAAACGUGCUUCGAGGGCUACAUUCCCUCAAAGGCCUUUAUCUGUAAUCAACUUUUUCAAACAAAAUGGAUUUUCCGAAACUCAGAUUCACUCUAUCGUUCGUCAGAGAGUUCAAUUGCUGUUUUCAAAUGUUGAUAAAACUCUUAAACCUAAAUUUGAGCUCUUUCGGCAAUUGGGUUUUCAGGGUUCGGAUUUAUGUGACUUUAUUUCCAAGCAUCCAACUGUUUUGACUGCUAGUUUGAACAAAACAUUGGUUCCGUCUGUGGAAGCUAUUAAGAAAAUUGUAUGGAAUGAUAAAGAGCGUGUUCAAGUUUUGUUUAAAUGUGGCUGGAUACUCCCAAAGUACCAAUUGUUUGUUGCCAAUGUUGCUUUAUUAGAGAGUUUUGGCAUUGUCGGGGAUCAGGUUGUGAUUCUACUCAAACGACAGUCAAGAUUUUUGGUUUCAUCGCAAUCUACUAUUAGAAAGUAUGUUUUGCAAGCUGAAGAAUUGGGUUUCAAUCAAAAUUCAAGAAUGUUGGUUCAUGGACUUCAUACGAUAACUUCUUUGAGCCAUAAAACAUUUAAGAAAAAGCUGGAUUUAAUUCAGUGUUUUGGGUUUUCUAAAGAUGAGAGCUUGCUUAUGUUUAAAAAAGCUCCAGCUUUGCUUAGGGCAUCCGAGAAGAAAUUAAAGGUUGGAAUUGAAUUCUUCUUACACACAGUUACGCUGCCAAAGUCAAUAUUGGUUAAUCGGCCUACAAUUUUGAUGUAUAGCAUGGAGGAUCGAGUGUUUCCUCGAUAUAGAGUUUUUCAGCUUUUGAAAUCACAAAAUCUAUGUAAGAAGGGUCCAAGCUUUGUUUCUAUGUUAUGUUAUCCUGAGGACAUGUUCUUGGAGUUUAUAUCACGGUUUAAAGAAAAUACAGAGGCAUUAUUGAUAGCUUACAAGGGGCAUCUUCUGGAAGCGUAA